GUCAUUUUACACUGCUCUUACGUACGACGUUUUCAGGUUAGAAAAUACAAAAUAAAAAUAAAUGAAAUAAAUAUUCUUUUCAUAACGUUUCCUGAUAACAUAAAAAAAAUGCUUAAUACAUUUCGAAGAGCAUUAGUGACUAAUAUUCAGUACCAACAAAUAAGGCUUGGCCAUCGAAUCAGAGGAAAAGCUCCUAUUUAUUGUCGGACUAUCAAAGAACGCUUAGACGAAUUAAAUUAUAAAGAUGAAAUUUACACUACCAGAAUUGAUAUAGGCCUUCCCAUGGUCAAGAGUUCAUCAUCAGAGAAACGCAAUGGCCGAUUAGAACAUAUAAAAAAGAUAAAAAGUGACAGAACCCUAGAAAAAUUGGCACGUGAACAUAAAUUAACGGUUGAUUUAUUAGAUGCAAGAAAAGAAUGGCUAAACACAUUAGCACCAUUCCAUAAAAAAGAUAUUGCUGAUCACUAUGGGGUAUUUGAGCAUUUAUAUGGAGAGGGUUACUUUUUACCAAGUGUAAACUUGGAUAUAUCUUAUGAUAUGGACAAUGGUUCAACAUUGCCUGUUUAUACAGGGAAUGUGAUAAAACCAAGGGAAUCUCUACAGAGGCCCUAUGUUUCUUUUGAGUCAGACAAUGACACAUUAUGGACACUCGUAAUGACGAGUCUCGAUGGGCAUUUAACAGAAAGUGAUAAAGAAUAUGUACAUUGGUUCAUUGCAAACAUACCUGGAAAUCAAGUUGAAAAAGGAGAUACAUUAGUGGAAUACUUGCAACCGUUUCCAUUAAAAGGAACAGGAUUUCAUAGAUAUGUUUUUGUACUGUAUAAACAAAAUGCUAAAAUGUCAUAUGAUUUGCCAAAAGUCACAUCAGCAUCACUUGAGAACAGGACUUUUGUGACCAGAGAUUGGUACAAGAAGAAUCAAGAUGAAAUCACUCCUGGAGGACUAGCUUUCUACCAGAGUGAUUGGGAUGAUACUGUUAGAGAUUUCUUCCAUAAAACUUUAAAUACUAAAGAACCUAUUUAUGAAUAUGAUUUCCCAGCACCAUAUAUUAGACCACAAGAAUGGUAUCCACGUAGGAAGCCAUUCAAUCUUUAUAUGGAUAAAUAUAGGGAUCCGAAACAAAUAAAUAAAGAGUAUUUCCUACGGAAAUUGAAGAAUGAAGAUCCAUUCAAGAAACCACCACCACCUCUCAAAUUCCCCAAUGCUCAUGCAUUUCCAAAGGGCAUGCCAUCAUGGUUAAAACUCCAUGAGCGAAAGAUAAGGCUGGGCUGGGGAAGAGUGAAUGAUGUAUAAAUGUGUAUAGAAUAUAUAAAUAAAUGAUAAAUUUAGUACAUACACAAAUCAUUUUUUACUGAUACCACAUUUGUUGGAUUUUGUAAAAAUAUUUGGCCAAUUUUAAAAGCUGAUUGGGUACCAUACCAUCCCUCGCAAUCAAUAAUAAAAAUAUAAUUGAUUAUAAGAAUA